AUGGCAAAGGCUAAGAAAGACGACUUAAAGGCAGUAUCUGCCCAACCAUUGGAUUCAAUUGAUGAUACGAAACUGGGAAAAAAGGAGACUAAAGACAGCGGAGUUAGUGAAGCAACUUCAAAGGAGGUGCCAGAAAACAAAGACACGGCUAAAGGCGAUGCAAAAGAAGAAGCACCUAUUGAAGAUAUACCACUUGGUGAUGAUAAUGAGAAGAAGGACUCUACUGCUGACGAACCGAAGGAUGUUGCGACAAAAAAUGCAACAAACAAGGCACAAUCUACCGAUUCCAACCCUUCAACCACCACUUCUACUACCACUGAGGAAGCAGCUCCACCAGUACCACCAAAAAGACCCAAGGACCCAGUUGAGCAAAUUGUUCAAGAUUUAAAAGAUGCAUUUCCACAAACUGAUGACAAGAUUAUCACAGCUGUGCUUAUUGCAUCUCAAGGUAAUCCCGAACCAGCAUUUGGUGCAUUACUUUACUUGUCUGAUCCAACUUUCAAACCCGAUAUCCCAGUUUAUCCUCAACAUCAACCUACAAGUAAUCCACGUGCAGCUUUUGGAAGUGGAUUAGUCAGAAGUAGAGCUCCUAGUGAUACGUCGCAUACUUUUACUGAUGAUGAGAUAUUGGCACGUAAAUUGCAAAAAGAAUUUGAGUUGGAAGAUGAGAGACAAAGACGUAGGCGUGAGGAAAAAGCAAGACAAAGGCAACAUCAUGGAGAAAGAAGUAAUCGAGGAGGGGGAGCAGGUGUGGCAGCGAGAUCACGUUCAAGUCGUGAACGUCGUCGUAAUAAUGAUGAUGAUGGAUUUGAUGAUGACGAUGAAUCACCAGAUGAAUUUGAAACUAUAAAAGAAACUUUUACUCAAGGUUUAGAAGAAGCAAGAACAACAAUUAAUGGAUGGGUUUCAGGUCUUGCUAAGAAAUUCGAUAAUGCUGGCAGUGGAGCCAACAACAAUAACAACAACAGAACCAAUUCCAAAUACGAUCGUGCCAAUGACGAAUUUGACUAUGAUGAGUUUGAUCAUGGCAAUGAAAGACGUGGCGGUGGCGGCGCUACCGGUUCUCAACGUCGUCCACCACAACGUCAACAAUUUGGCAGCAAAUCACAUCGUGAUGGUGGCAACAAUUUUGGCAAUUUAGGUGGUGGAAGAUACUAUGAUGACUGGAGAAACAAAACCAAUCGUGCUCGAUUUGAUGAAGAUCCUGAGAUCAUUACUGGUGAUUUCCAAGACCAAAUUACCAUUACUGAUAAAGAUAAUUUGAAACUGGAGGAUGCGAAAAAGAGUAAGCAAAUUGGUCGUGGCGGGAACGCGGAGAAAGGAGGCAAGAAAAAAGAUGAUGCCCAUGGUGAUGAUGAUGAUGAUGAUGAUGAUGAAGAGGAAGAUCCAGAAACCACGCCUAAUUUACCUCGUCGUCCUAGAAUGUCAAGUGACGUAGUUGAUGACUCUAGAAAGGGAGCUCAUCAUGAUUCUGCUAGUGGGAACAAGACCAUUGGUGCUGGUACUGGUGCUGGUUCUGGUGGUUCAACUACACAGACCACUACUGAUAAUGCGUUUCUGGUUGAUGAUAGUGAUGACGAUGACGAGAAUAGCAAUUUAGUGAAAAGUGGUUGA